GCAGGUUCCGCUACUGGAGGGCGCAGUACGGCAGCUGACCUCCUUCCCGGGGCCGCUGGGACCCUCCAGCAGCAAGGACAAGCUGCUGAAGUGGUUAGCCGACCAGGCGGCCGCAUGCGCCGCGGAGGCAGCAGCCUCCCUGCAGCCACCCCCACCCCCACCUGCACCCGGCUCCGACCCGCAAUCUCAACUGCAACCGCAGCAGCCUCCCUCUCUGGCGCAGCAGUCUCAGCUGCUGUGGGAGGUCCUCAGGCUGCGGGUCAAGUACUCGGAUGGGGGCGGAGGCGGAGGCGGCCUUGGU